AUGUCAAAAAUAUCAGUAUCCGGAUCGAUCGAUCGACCAGAGGUGCCCAUGAUCGCACCAAAAGUCGAGACCGACGACGAGUCGAUGCUAGCAGAUUCCCCAUACGUUUCCGGUGGCAAGAGAAACGGUUCGCCUGGAGACUACUCGAACGGCCUGAAAAGGGCAAGAGAUGAGGAAAACUCUCCAACCUCAUCCGGGCACGCCGCUGGUCACCGUCCAGUGACAUCGUGUACCCAUUGCAGACAGCAUAAGAUUAAGUGCAACGCUUCUGAGCGCUUUCCCGUGCCGUGCUCCAGGUGCGAGCGUAUGGAUCUAAAGUGCGAGAUCGACCCUCAAUUCAGACCAAAGAAAGGCUCCCAGCUGCAGUCGUUGCGCAACGACGUGGACGAGCUGCGCAAAAAAAUCGAGUUUCUUACCAAGAACGAGUCGCUUAUCUCCAACGUGCUGCAGUCCUCUAACCCCGACCUGUUGCAACAACUCAAGGAUAAAAAAGCUUUUCCCGCACCCCAUGCUCCAAACCCACAGCCGGCCCCUGUGCUCAAUCAGGGCCCUCCCAAACCAGCCGUCACCACGCUCACGCCUAUCCCGAUCUCAAACACCAACUCAGUCCAGAGUAAGGGGUCCGUGUCUGAGUUCGCUCUGGGUGACGUGAAGAUCUCGUUUGAGAAGGCCACAGAGUUGCACAGGCGGUUCGUGGAUAACUAUCUGCCGUAUCUCCCCAUCAUGAUUUCCAACGACUGCAUCGAACUCUAUCAGCAAUCGCAGCUGCUUUUCUGGACAGUCAUGCUCACAGCCUGUCUCUCGGACCCGGAACCCGAUCUCUACUCGUCGCUGGCCGCCUUGAUCAAACAACUGGCUAUUGAGGUCUCGUGGAUCAGAACUCCAAGAAGCACACACAUCGUUCAGGCGCUCCUGAUUCUGGGGACGUGGCCACUGCCCAACCAGAAAGUGCUGGACGAUUGCUCGUACAGAUUUGUUGGACUGGCAAAGAACUUGUCUUUCCAGUUAGGUCUCCACAGGGGAAAAUUCAUCAGCGAGUUUUCCAGAACGCAGGUGGCUCUUCCCGAUGCCGAGAAAUGGAGAACAAGGACCUGGCUUGCCGUGUUCUUUGCCGACCAAUUCUGGGCCUCGAACUUGGGUCUUCCCCCAUCCAUGCAGACCGACUUCCUGUUGGAGCAGGCCAGAAUUGACCAGACGUUGCCCAAGAACUUUAGAUGUCUGAUCUCUUUGGCUAUCUUCCAAGCCAAACUAGUCAACGUGAUGGGCUCGAGCGUGACGAGUCCCGACGGAUUGAUGGAUCCUCGCAACAGAGCAGGCGCUUUGGCCAUCUUGGAAAGAGAACUCGAGAGACUGGCGUUCAAGCUCCAGAUCGACGACAUCGUGGUCGAAAGCUACUACCUCUACGUGCAGCUGAUGGUGUGCUGCUUUGCGUUCUUACCAGAAACACCAAGCGAGGACCAGACAAAGUAUGUCACACAGGCGUAUCUUUCUGCCACAAGAAUUGUCACCAUUGUGUCCAAGCUGACCGAGUCGCGACAGCUGACCGAGUAUCCGAUCUACGUUCGCCAGUCUGUGUCGAUGGCCGCAUUUGUUUUGUUCAGACUCCAUCUGACGCCAUAUUUAUUACCAAAGUACAUUGAUUCGGCCAGACAAUCUAUCGUGACAGUGCACAGACUGUUCAGAAACAUGCUUGCGGCAUGGAAGGAGGUCGAAAACGAUAUUAGCAGAACGGCCACAGUGCUGGAGAAGUUGAACUUUGUCAUCAUAACACAUUCAGAGCUAUUCACCGAGACAGACGGCAUCAUUGCGCGAAUGAGGUCGCACCUGACGGGCUCGUUGUUCUACGACCUUGUGUGGUGUAUCCACGAGGCCAGAAGAAGGCUCAUUGCGGAGCAGAACUCGCCUGUCAAAGAAACAAAACCGAAACCGAAACGCAAAGUUCUACCACUUCCAUUCUACAACCAGAUCACCAAAGACGACUUCAGAGCAAUAACCACCACCACGCCGAACGGAACCACAGUGACGACUCUUGUGCCGACGAACCAGGCCAUUUCGAACGCCCGUGCUAACGCGUCUGCCGCUGGUCACCAGAACCUGACGGAGAUCAACGGUAUUCCUUUGGCGAUGCUCGAUGCCACGGGCUCUUUGCCUGAGAAGGGCCGCAAGUCCACGGGCGAGUCCAUGGAGCCGCCAAAGAUCACCGCAGACACCAAGAAAGCAACUAGAGGCCGCAAGAGAUCCAAGACGGCAACCGGUACCCGUCCAAUAGCUCCUGCUCCACCAAGAGCCGUGAACGGGAACGGUCCUCAGCUGCCACUGGAACAGUCGCUGUUCUCUGCCCCACCGGUCGACCAGGCCAUGUUCCCGCAGGUGCAGCAGCAGGUGCUUUCGCAAUCGCCGUCCACAGGCAACUCGCGGAGUAACUCGAACGAGCAUUCGCCAGCAAACUCAGAUUCGCUCAACAACAACGUGUUCAUCGACUCCAUCUUCCAGCAGCAAGGCGGCGCCAACUGGAUGGACAGCAGCGACGACUUCCUUGGAUGGUUCGACAUCAAUAUGGCCCCAGAGUUCUGA